AUGGAAGUUCAUAUUCGACGCGGCGAGGUUGAUCGGAACGCUAUCCUCGUACCGCAGGAAGCUGAAGCAUUGCCGGUUCGCAGCCGUUGUGACUUGCUCUGGACGAUGCUGAGGGAUAGUCAUGUUGACGCAGGUCAACAAGACGAGCCAAGCGAGGAGUCUUCAAACAACUUGGAGGAAGCUUCAGCAGGUCUGUUUCCUAAUGUUGACCAGAAGCUAUUUGAAAUCGUGGCCAAGGGGCAUACCUCCUCCCCAGAUGGUACUGGCAGGCCCGUUGCGGUUGCGGAUCGCGCAAGGGUGCUAGAAUGGAAUACUUCUGUCUGGGAUGAUAAUAAGUGGCCAGGAAUCACUCUCUCGCUUGGCAAUCUUGCUCGACCGUGUAUUGGACCAAGUGCAUCUAGGGGCUUUAUGUUGCGAGAGAAGUGCCCGUACGAUGCAACCAUCGACCUCGACACCGCGCGCCUAGUUCCGGCGUUCGGCUCUGUCUCUGAAUCAGAGAGGCUACCAUCCAAACUGCGACUCGAUAAUCGCUGUAUCACUUGCUAUUCACGUGUCCAACUUGAGUCCUUCUUCAAAACUCAUGGCGUACCGGUCCUCGAAAAGGUCACAGCUCAAUGCAAUGUCCUUGGUUGUCGGCAAGAGUCCUUUCAAAAUUUCGGAAAGUGCGUCGACCAUUCGUUCGGGGCUGUAAUAGCCAACCGUAACAUGGAACGUGACAAGCAGAUGGCUACAGUCGCAUCUUGUCGAGCAACGCUGGAGGUCUUGAUGCAAGAGCCAUGGGCCUGUCCAGCUAAGUACGACAUCGUAUCCAGGCGGACCUCCGAGAUACAACAGCACAAACGAUCUGGCGAAACUUGUCGCAGCUGGCAUCACCCCAGACACGAUCUUCAUAGUUUGGCAUUACGCAAAAACGGACCUACAAAUUUUGAGAGACUUCUUGGAAGCAGAGGGCCAUACCGGGAUUCUGCCCAAAGACAAGAACUGCAUUUCGCUACUGAAGCCCUUCCAGGACAAUCUGAAGGUGGCCCCAAACGGCCUUAA